AUGGAGCUCAGACCGACUGGCCACGCUUAUCCCGCACAUGUAGGUAUUUUGCCUCAGCAGCUUGGGCAUCUCCGAAUGCGAGGGCCUUUUGCCAUCCACUUUGGGACCUUUGUAAGGUGCAUAAGCAUCAUGAGCUGCUUCCUCACUGCACGCCUCACUUUGCCCGCUUUGCGCAACGGUUUCCGCCGGAAAGCUGUGGUGGAAAAUGAUGAGCAUUGCCAGGCAGUGAAUGCUUGGCUGAAUGACUUCGUCAUCGGUCGUGACUUCUGUCCUUGGGCCAAGCCAGCCCAGAAGCGGAAACAUGUUCGGAUUGUGACCAGCACUGGAGUUGAUCCCGAAGAUGUCUUGGAAGACUUGCUUGAUGAGGCAGAAGCGUUGCCAGAGAAAUCUGCUUGCAGAAAAGGCGAGAAGACGACAACUUUGCUGGUAUGCCCACAUGUCAAAGAGUGGGAAGACUAUGGCCCUUUUCGAGACUUCUACGAGGAAGACUUGGAAGCGGGAGAUACCUUUGUGCAUGAGUUCAACAUGAAAAUCAUUGCAUUUCAUCCUAAAUUUUUAAAAUACGGCUUCUCAGUAGAAGCUGGGGAUAGGAUUGCCAUCGCAAGAGCUGAUGGUACAUCUUGCAGUGCUACUGUGCUAGAUGAAGAGGGCGGCAUCCAUCCUGAUGAUGAAGAAGAGCUUCUGAGCAUUAGGUUGGACCAUGGCCAAGAUUUGCUGGUGCGAUACAGUGCUAUCAUCACAAAGCUGGGCAGAACAGAACAAGGAGAAGAGGUACCCGCAAAUGAUGGCACUGGUGAUGCUGCUAACCUGUUGAGCAGAGCCCCCCGCCCAACUCUACAUUUGCUACGUAUGGAGGAUCUGCAGGCUGCCAGUUCCGCCUCCAAAGCCGGAACUGGUCCGAACAUUAAGCAAGUUCUAGAAGCCAAUGCAGAGAGAGCUAGCUCAAUCAGCCUCGAGUAUAUGGCCGACAUGCUGGGCGAGUAUGGCUGA